UGGUUUACAGUCGAUGUUACUCAUUGUAAUAUUAAAUAAGUAUUGAAUUGGACGAAGGAAUAUCAGCCGUGAUUAUUGUCUUAUUUGGUGAAAAAAGAAGAAGUAUGUCACGAGUGAUCGAGCUACUCAAAUCAGCUUCGCGUUUCAUGGCUGCUAGCUCAAGAGGAAAAAGUGCAAUGGAUACGCUGUGCAAGCGGAAUCCACAACAGGUAACUCCAGAAGAAUGGAGGAAAGUUCUAAGUCCUUUGGAAUAUAGUGUUGCUCGAGAGGGUGGUACCGAAAAACCGUUCUCAGGAAAAUUUGACAAACACUUCGAGCCCGGGUUGUAUGUCUGUCGCUGCUGUGGAGCACAACUUUUCAAAUCAGACGCUAAGUUCGAAUCGCACUGCGGCUGGCCAGCUUUUUCAAAAUCCGUGGACAACGAUUUGAACAUAGUGAGGUUAAAGGAUACUUCAAUGGGAAUGGAGCGUGUUGAGGUGCGGUGUAAACAGUGUAAUGCUCAUUUGGGCCAUGUUUUCGAUGAUGGACCGAAGGAAACUGGUGAACAUUACUGCAUAAAUAGUUGUUGCAUUGAUUUUAAGAAGUAAUUUUGUUGAGGUGUCACUCAGGGAGUUACCUAACUAAAUAGUGAUAAAAAAUGUAUAACCCUGCUGAAAAGACAAUGAGCAAGAAAAUCUUGUCAUUAUAGGUUUCACUUUAGAAAUAUGAUUGAA